UCUAUCUCACCGAGAGAUAAAGUCUAGAGACCUGAUGGCACCUCAGAUAAUUCUAACAAGUGACACUUUGAUAGCUCUUUAGGUUUUAGAAAUCACUGUCCUUAUAGUAGUCCUAUUAGAUUGUACAAGUAUCAUCACCCUCGUUUUAAGGAGGAGACUAGAGAUGGGAAGUGACUUACCCAAGGUCCCCCAGUUAUUCAGUAUUGAAACUCAAGUCUAAGUCUUUUGAAUCCUGGUUCAGGGGUGUUCCCACUAUUUGUGGGCCUAAAUCUUCCAUCCUUCUCCUUUGGAAACAGCUCAUUAGGAUGCUUGUUAUGACUGAUGAAGGAGGCUUUGUCACUUUCCAUUGUACAGUACAAAUUUCAUGUGUGUGGAGCCAAAGGCGGGUAACCUUAGAAGCUUUGGACACAGAUGAAAUGCAUUCCCCUUUCCCCAUCACCCCUCCCCACCCCCAUUCUAGUCUUGAUAAACAAGACAGCUGCAAUACUUUUGAAGGGGCAAAGUUCCUCUGAGAAGUAGCACUUCUGACCAAGCUGGUUAUUGUUGACUCUAUAUAGAGUGGAGAAAAGCCAACCCUGUGUCAGGCCACUAGCAAAAUGGCUGUCAGUGGGAGGGAUUAUGGCCCUGAUCAAUAGUGGACUAUUAUAGGAUAGCAGAAUGCUCACAGAGGGUUGGAAUGAGAAGGGACCUUAGAGAUCAUUCAGUGCCACUUUUUUCUAUUUAUUGGUAUCAUGGACCUCAUCGGCCUGUGGACCUCUUCUCAGAAUGUUUUUAAAUACAUAAAAGAAAAUACAGAAGACUACAAAGGAAAUCAAUUUUAGGGAAAUGCAGCUACUGAAAUACAUGUAUAAAACGUUUCCAUCUGGCCUUGGGACCUCUUGGUAUAUGCUGGUGGGCAUCUAGGAAGCAUUGCUCUAGGGAUGGUGGAUCACUUGCUCCCGGUGGGGGAGUCUUUCUCAACCACCAAGUUCCCCAUUGGUUACCUGGGGGACAUGCCGGCUGGCGGGCGGGCGUACCACAUGCUGCCCUCCCCGCUGUCAGAAGAUGAUAGCGACUCUUCCAGCUUCUGCUCCUGCUCCAGCCCUGACUCGCAGGUGCUCGGCUCCAGCUAUGGGAGCACAUCAAGCCUCGAGGGCCAGGACAGCAUCUUAGACUACCUGCUAUCCCAGGCCACGCUGGGGGGCAGCCCCGUGGCCUGGUGGGACUGGCGGCGGUGCCAGCCCAUGGUGAAGGAGGAGCAUUUCCGGUUCCCCGACCCAGAAGACAUGGGGCUGUUCCAGCCCACCUUGGAGGAGAUCGAAGAGUUCCUAGAGGAAAAUAUGGAGCUGGAGCUCAAGGAAGGGCCUGAGAAUGGGACCAAGGACCUUCGGGUUUGUAACCAGCUCUCUUCUGGGCAGCAUAAAGACCACAUCUUGCCUGGGGGCGGCUUGAAAGAAAGUAAAGCCCCCCAGUCUGGCAGCUCCGCGGAAGGGGCCCACGGUUCCAAUAGUCCAGCGGCCACAGAGGGCGGAUUCCCUGUCAUCCUGCAGAUCCAGCCCAUGCAGAUCAAACAAGAGGCAAGCACGGGCCCCAGUUCUCCAGGCCAGAACCCAGACAACAUCAAAAUCGCCCAGCUACUCGUCAACAUCCAGGGGCAAACCUUUGCGCUGGUGCCACAGAUUGUCCAGUCCUCCAACUUGAACUUGCCUUCCAAGUUUGUACGCAUCGCCCCAGUCCCCAUCGCGGCCAAGCCCAUUGGGCCCGGUGGCAUGGUGCCGGGCCCCGCAGGGAUCCUGGUAGGCCAGAAGUUUCCAAAGAACCCAGCAGCGGAACUCAUUAAAAUGCACAAAUGUACUUUUCCUGGCUGUACCAAGAUGUAUACCAAGAGUAGUCACCUAAAGGCCCAUCUACGGAGACACACGGGCGAGAAGCCUUUUGCAUGCACAUGGCCUGGGUGUGGUUGGAGAUUUUCCCGGUCGGACGAACUCUCUCGACAUAGACGCUCCCAUUCGGGUGUGAAGCCGUAUCAGUGUCCCGUCUGUGAGAAGAAGUUUGCCCGGAGUGACCACUUGUCCAAGCAUAUCAAGGUGCAUCGCUUCCCUCGGAGCAACCGCUCUGUGCGCUCCUCUGCGAACUGACCUGCCUCCCCCUGCCCUCUCCUCCCACCUCUUGGGCCGAGAACAGCUGACUCCGGCACUUUGUUCACCGUUUUUUAUAGCGAUAAUUUAUUUGUCUCCAUAACAGGGAACGCUGUUAUCUGACACCACCACACAUGAAUGUUUGUGUCCUCCAAAUGGAAUUUGAGAAUGAAACUUUUCUGCGGUUAUUAUUUUUAUGCCUGCUCUUCUCCCCCCUUCCCCCUCCCCCUUUCAUGUCUUUGCUGCCGCUUCUUCCCUCGGAAAUUACAGUGUUUUAUUUUAAGCUGUUUUCUUCAGCACAAGGAAAAUUUAUGGGCUCCUUGUAGCUAGUUAAUUACAGUUCUGGCAUGCCUGUGGGCUUUGCUCAUAAACAGGGCUAUUCAUUGUGAGUUUUUAUUAAGCUGGGCCUAUUUGUCCAGUUUGGAUAUAGCAAAUUCCUUUUGGAAAACGAAAACAAGUCCUUUGUGUCCCUAUGGUCACUGCCAAGGGCUCUGGUGGGGGAGGGGGGAAUGGAAGGAGGUUUUCAGAAACCCCUAUUUCUUCUUAUGGGCCUGUGCUUGAUCGGUCCUGAUUCAGGAAGCUUUAAAAGAAAGAAAGAAAGAAAAGUUUAGAUUUCAGCUGUUUCCCUCCAUCUGGAACUGACAAGUGAUAUUUCCAAAGGAUGCAUCCCAUAGAAGCCCAGAAUUCAGGAAGGAAUCAGUGAAAGUAGGUCAAAGGUCAUUUCUUUCAUAUCUCAUUGGUGAUCAUGAAUUCUGGGCUGGAAGAGACCCUAACAGCCUUCUAGGCCAUCCCCCACUUCCCACCCCCAUUUUACAGAUGAGGAAGUAGUCCAGCAAAGGUGAAGUAACUCAUGCAUGGUCACACUGGGAAUAAAUGUCUAAGACAGGAUUUGAACACAGGUCCUACUGAAGUCCAGCCCUUUGCCCUCUGCCCCACACUGCCUCUACCAUGCAGAGGCUAUCUUUCCUGCUUUCUGUCGAUUUUUGUUUUUGAGGGGGCCAGUCCCCUAGCCUGGUCUGCAGCCCAAUAGAGUACAUAGUAUUGAGAUACCUGGAAUAUGUUUGUAGGGGAAGGUGGUAUGGGUGCUCACAGGCCACCUCCAUCCUAAAGAGGAAGUUCUCCAGGUCAGCUGCACGAUGGGUAGAGCAGAACCUGGCUUUUUGUGAUGCUCUCUUAUAGUCCCAGCAGCCCCCUGAAUCUCAGUGGGUAAGAAGAAAACGUAAAAACAUAAAUGAAUAAAUAAAACAAAUCAUUGUAGAUUCCUGUUGGUGGGUGCUUAUCAUGCAAGCCUGUGUGGGUAUAUGUGUAUGUGUUAGAGAGAGAGAGAGAGA